AUGAGAUCAUAUGAGAAUGGCACGUACCCACAACGAAAUGAGGCCAAUAUUCCGCUGGACAACCCUCCACCUCCACAAGCACAUCGGCUACUCAGUCCUAACCGUCUCUUUCUUCUUGGUGAUCCACGGGUCAACGAAAAUCCGGGUCUCCUUUCUAUCGGUAUCAUGCUCUAUAGAUGGCACAACGUAAUGGCCAAAAGAAUGCAAAAUGAACACCCUUCAUGGACUGAUGAAGAGCUUUUUCAAGCUGCUCGAAGAUGGGUAAUCGCCACAAUUCAGAAAAUCAUCUAUUAA